UAUCUUCCGGGUUAAAGAAAUGGCGGGUCACAAUAACAGAGACACAAUGGAGAAUCUAGAGGAUGGAGAAAUAAGUGGCUCUGAUUCAGAGACAGAAAUGCAUUCAAUUGAAAGGCAGCAGUGUUGUGGGUAGGACCAAAACAGCAAAAGAAAUGGCAGCAUAAUCAACAGGAAAGUAUUGCCUUUGUACAUUUCAAUGAACCUGUUUUAAUUCUUCUACAGCCACCUUCUGCCGGUGCUUUUUCCACCCAGCACUUCCAGAGCAGAGAUCAUCUACAGAUGGCUUCACAAGUCACCGGCUAUCGUAGCUCCAUCGCAACUGAAUCUAGUGAUAGUGACUCGGAAGAAGAGGCUGCACUGUGGAGGCGAAAGCGACAGAAAUGCACCAAUGUUCCCGUGCCUCAGAGCGCUUUCGGAGAUACCAGCACUGUCAGAGGAGCUCCAUGCCGAAAAGUGAACAACAUCUGGGGCUCUGUGGUGCAAGAGCAAAGCCAGGAAGCUGUCGCAGCUGAGCUCGGCAUUAUGGGAAUGGAGGGGGGCGUAACUAUGGACAGCCGCCAGUGUGAGACCUACAACUACUUACUGGCACGUAAACUGAUGGAAAAGGAGAAGCAGGAGGAGGAGCAUGGAAUGGAGACCGUGCUGGAGGGGCAGCUAGAGGAAUACAUGCAGCGCGGCACACAGAAAAAUAGCGAUGGACAUCUGAAAAGGAAGCGUCCAGUCAAGGAUAGGCUGGGUCCUCGAGCUGAGAUGGAUUUUAAAGGGCGAUAUGAGAUCACAGCGGAUGACCCUAAAGAUAAAGUGAUUGAUGAAAUAGCACACAGGUUAAUGGAGCCAAAGAAGGAGCUAAUGGAGCGUGUUGUGAACGUGAUUGGCACAAAGAAAGCCAUAGAGCUUCUGUCCGAAACUGCAACAGUUGAACAAAAUGGAGGUCUAUAUACAGUGGAUGGCAGUCGAAGGAGGACACCUGGAGGGGUUUAUCUGAAUUUGCUGAAGAAUACUCCUAGUAUUACUCAGGAUCAGAUUAAGGAAAUAUUCCAUGAUGAGAACCAAAAAGAGUUUAACAACAAGAAGGCAAACAAGAAGGCAGCCAAGCAGAGGCAAAAAUACUUAACAGCCAAGAAAAUGAAACAAGCGAUCGGCACUUUGAACCUGCAGGAGCACGAUGACGUGUCUCGGGAAACGUUUGCCAGUGACACCAACGAUGCUUUGGAGUCCCUGGAGGACGGAGGCGAGGAGCAGGCCGAGCCUGCGCUGGGUACAGAGGAAUCUCCUGUAGUUUACAACUCGGUCGACCUGGAGGUCUUCUGAUGUCACUGGUUGUCUUCAUGAGUGACUGUGUAGACACUUAAAUGUCUAAUGUGGGCUGAGAAGAUUAGAUUGCAUUUUAACACAGUCAUUUCUUUCCCCUUGUCUGUCAUGUGAGGUUGGACAUGACACGUUCUUACACUCUGUAUAAAGUGUGUGUGUGUGUGUGAGAGAGAGAGAGAGAACAAGCUCAGAAACUUUAGGCUGCUUUCACACAAGGUUUUUUCCCUGCUCAAAUUCUACAUGUAAUCUUGUGGGAAGAAUUCAGGAUGUGAUCCUGUCACUCUGGAGCUCUUUCAAAAAUAAAAUGAAACUUUUUCUCCAGCACUUUUUCAUUAAUCAGGUUUCAAUUCUGCACCAAGUGCAGCAUGUCAACAUGGACACCUGUGCUUGUAAGGGAAAAAAAAAUUUCUUCAAAACUGAAUGUGUUGUUUCAUGAUUUAUUCAUGUGAGCUAGAGAUGAUGAGAUGAACAAAGUUUGUGUCUGCUAAAUCUGGCUGAAUACAGUGAUCUGGAUAGUGGUUCAGAAAAAGCCACUGCAGUGUUUUUUUUUUAGGGUUAGUGUGAAGGCAGCCUUAUUCGUGACACCUUUGCAUUUUGAGAGCUUUAAUGCAGUAUGUUGUUUAGUGCAUCCGUUUACAAUAAUGUGCUUUACUUGCCCACUCGUUUCCUAUUUCUGUUAGUAUUAAAUGGCUGUGCAGAUACAGUAAGUUAAAGCUACUAAUAUAUAUUCUCUUUGUUUUGAACGUCAAAGAAUAUACUUAAUACUAUGUGUAAAAGUAUUAACAGAUCUCAUGAUAUUAUGCCUAAGACAAAGCAACACUCUGUAAGCAUCUGUUCCAAUCUAGUAGUAAUGGUGCUUCAUCAUCAUGCACUUGUUCUGCCUGCCGGUGACUAACCACAUUGUCAAAUUUGUAUUUGUGAAAAAUGACUGUGUUCAGAUACACUAAGCAUUCAGAAUACUCAUCGUAUCGUGAGUGUUUUGGCGAUGAAUAAAAUGUGUCAAAUUUUAUGUUUGCUACUGAAUCCUUCAUUUUAAAAUAAAGCUCUAUUUAGAAUCCA